AUGUCUGCCGUUAAUCGUAGCGUGCGAACCGUCAGCAAGCAAUUGCGAAGUGCCCGCCUCACCAUCGCCCCUCUGGCCAGCGCUGUCGCUCGCUCGAGUGCUUCGGCAUCCUUCGGCCUUGCACCUCGCUCGACUCUCCCCUCCUCACACAGCAACUUUUCCACCUCCGCCGCGAGAGCAUCUGGUGCGCCCGUCAUGUCUGGCCCACGAGAGUACGAUCCCGAGAUCAAGGACAUUGCCGACUACGUCGCCAACAAGCCAAUUGACUCGGACCUCGCUUACGACACUGCGCGAUGGAUCCUGCUCGACACAAUCGGCUGCGGUCUUGAGGGCCUGAGGUUCAAGGAAUGCAGCAAGCUGCUUGGACCCAUUGUCCCCGGCACCAAGGUCCCCAAUGGCACCAAGGUGCCCGGCACGGACUUUGAGCUCGACCCCGUCAAUGGCGCUUUCAACAUUGGCGCCAUGAUCCGAUGGCUCGACUUCAACGACUGCUGGCUGGCUGCCGAGUGGGGUCACCCCUCGGACAACCUGGGUGCCAUCCUCGCCGUGGCGGACUGGAUCAACCGCACCAACAAGGCUGGCGGCAACCUCGCCAACGGCAAGGUCUUCACCGUCAAGGAUGUCCUCGAGGCCAUGAUCAAGGCCCACGAGAUCCAGGGCUGCUUGGCCCUGCUCAACUCCUACAACAAAGUCGGUCUCGACCACGUUGUCCUGGUCAAGGUCGCCUCGACGGCCGUCGUCGCCAAGAUGCUCGGCCUCAGUGAGCAGGGCAUUGCCGACGCUGUUAGUCAGGCCUGGGUCGACGGCCAGUCUCUGCGUACCUACCGCCACACGCCCAACACCAUGUCCCGAAAGUCAUGGGCUGCUGGCGAUGCUUGCCAACGUGCCGUCGGUUUGGCUCUCAAGGUCCUCAAGGGUGAGGGCGGUGUCCCCACCGUCCUGUCCGCCCCCGUCUGGGGAUUCUACGACGUCCUGUUCAAGGGCAAGAAGUUUGAAUUCCAGCGCCCCUACGGCAGCUACGUGAUGGAGAACGUCCUCUUCAAGGUCUCCUACCCUGCCGAGUUCCACUCGCAAACGGCUGUUGAGGCUUCCGAGCGCAUCCACCACCAGCUCAAGGCCAUGGGCAAGUCGGCCGCGGACAUCAAGGCCAUCACCUGCCGCACGCACGAGGCCUGCAUUCGCAUCAUCGACAAGCAGUUCAAGCCCAUGGACAACUUUGCUGACCGCGACCACUGCAUCCAGUACAUGUGCGCCACCAUGCUGGUUUUUGGCCGUCUCGAGGCCACUGACUACACUGACGGUGGUGAGGCUGCCACCUCGCCCCUGGUCGAGUCUCUGCGCCAGAAGAUUGCCUGCGUUGAGGAUCCCCAGUACACCCAGGAUUACCACAACCCCGAGCUCCGCACCAUCUCCAACGCGCUCACCGUGGAGCUCAACGACGGCACCAUCCUGGAUGAGGUCGCUGUCGAGGCGCCUCUGGGCCACCGCCUGCGUCGUGACGAGGCCAAGCCCGUCAUUCUGGAGAAGUAUAAGCGCCACCUUAAGCCUCACUUGAGCGAGUCGCGCGUUGAUGAGCUGGUCAAGCUUAGCCAGGAUUCUGGCAAGCUCGACCAAAUGACCGUGGAUGAGUACGUUGACUUGUACGUUGUCAAGGACAGCAACAUGCACGCCGAGACGGGCCUAGGCGGCUGCCCAGAGUACGCGUGGACGGUCUUCGGGAUUCAGUGGGGCAGCCGUGGCCAAGAGCUCGAGACGUUGCUGGAAAAGGGCGUCAUUGACGAGUCCGUCUACGACUCGAUACAUUCCUCACUUCCGGCAGAAUCGCCGCUUUCAGGACCUCUCCGAACUACGACUAAUAAGGGCGCGACUAGUGCCUCCCCAGCACCAAGCCACAGUACCAGCAACAACAUUCCCACUCCGUCGCUGGACUCCCUGCACCUCAAUGAAAAGUCGCCCUCGCCUGCGCCGCCGUCGUACGAUCAGACACCAGCUCCCAGUCUCCCCACCCGCGGCAACGCCAAGCCCAUUGUCGCCUACGCCCGUGCGCUCUACCGCUACGAUGCCUCCGACGCUCGCGAUGUAUCGUUUGAGAAGGAUGACAAGAUCGUCGUGCACGAGUACAUGAACCAAGACUGGUGGAUGGGUCAGAACACGCGCACUGGCCGUGAGGGCAUUUUCCCCCGCAACUACGUCCUCGUCGACCACUCGGAGAAGCAGCCCGUGCCGCAGUACGGCUAUCCAACACAGCCGCAGUACGCCGGUGGCCCUCCCGCCCAACAGAACCCAUACAACUCGCAUGUGCCGCCCAUGGCGAUCGCAGAGGGCGGCCAGCCGUCGCACGAUGAGAACGGGGAGCCAAACAAGGCGCAGCAGUAUGGAAAGAAGUUUGGUAAGAAGCUGGGGAACGCGGCCAUCUUUGGUGCUGGUGCGACGAUAGGAGGAAAUAUUGUCAACUCCAUUUUUUAA